AUGUCUCUCCUCCUUGGCUUCCUCCUCCUCCUCCUCAUGCUCUCCCUGCACUACUCUCCGACGAGCUCCGCCGCCACGGACACGGUGUCGCCGGGCCAUGCGCUGGCCGGCAUGAGCGACAGGCUUGUCUCCAACAACGGCAAGUUCGCGCUCGGUUUCUUCAAGACGGUCAGCGACAACUCCUCCUCCUACACCAGCCGCAACUCUUACCUUUGCAUAUGGUACAACAAGCUCCCCAUGGUAACCCCCCUAUGGUCCGCCAACGGCGAAAGCCCGGUCGUGGACCCCGCCUCGCCGGAGCUGACGAUCUCCGGUGACGGAAACAUGGUCAUCUUGGACCACGUUACCAAGUCCAUUGUGUGGUCUACCGGUGUCAAUGCCACCACCAAUGACACCAUCGCGGUGUUGUUAAAUGAUGGGAACCUUGUGCUUCAGAGUUCCUCGAACUCUUCCAUGGUUUUCUGGCAGAGCUUCGACUACCCGACGGAUAGUCUUUUCAUCGGCGGAAAGAUUUAUCGGAACAAGGUGACUGGCUUGAACCGACGUCUUGUUUCUAGGAAGAACACGAUCGACCAGACCCCUGGUUUAUACUCGCUGGAGUUUGAUAUCAGUGGCGUUGGUCAUUUGGUGUGGAACUCAACUGUAAUAUACUGGUCCACCGGGGAUUGGGAUGGGAAAUUUUUCAGCUUAGCGCCAGAGAUGAUUGGCGCCACCAUACCUAAUUUUACAUUUGUCAACAAUGACAAAGAGGUUUACCUCACAUAUACUAUUACGAAGGAGACGGCGAUUACACGUGCUGGAAUCGAUGUCAAUGGUCGAGGUAUAAUAGGUGUAUGGUAUGACAACUUGCAAAAUUGGUUGAUCAACUACAGGAUGCCCAUACUUCACUGUGAUGUGUACGCAGUCUGUGGACCUUUCACAGUUUGCAACGAUGACAACAAUCCAUUCUGCGAAUGUAUGAAGGGUUUCUCGAUAAAGUCACCAAAGGAUUGGGAUAUAGAAGAUCGAACAGGAGGCUGCAUGAGGAACAGUCCAUUAAACUGUGAUUUUACCAUGAACAAAACAGGUCUUGCAGACAGGUUCUACCAUAUGCAAAGCAUUACAUUACCCCACAAUGGCAUGAAUGUGCAGACAGUUGCAAGCCAAGAUGAAUGCUCUGAGGUUUGCUUGCGCAACUGCUCGUGCACUGCAUAUUCCUAUGGAAAAAGUGGCUGCUCUGUUUGGCAUUACGACUUGUAUAACGUGAGGCAACAAUCUGAUGGAGUAGCUGAUGGGAAUUGGAAAUCUCUUCACAUUCGCGUUGCUGCAAAUGAAAUGCAAACAACUGAAAGGAAGAGAAAGAGUGGAGCCAUCAUUGGUGUUGGUACCGGUGCAGGUAUAGGUGCUCUGAUUUUGAUGAUCAUUCUAAUUGUAUUUUGGAGGAGAAGACAGAAAUGGUUUGCUUGUGGAGUGGAAAUUAACGCUCAAGAAGGCAUUGGGGUCACCGCAUUUCGUUAUAUUGAUUUGCAACGUGCAACCAAAAACUUUUCAGAGAGGUUGGGGGGAGGCAGUUUUGGUUCUGUUUUUAAGGGAUGCUUGAAUGACUCGAUUAUAAUAGCAGUGAAAAGGCUCGACGGCACCCGCCAAGGAGAGAAGCAGUUCAGAGCUGAAGUGAAUUCAAUUGGGAUUAUCCAGCAUAUCAAUUUAGUUAAAUUGAUUGGGUUUUGUUGUGAAGAUGAUAAGAAGUUACUUGUGUAUGAAUACAUGCCAAAUCGCUCCCUUGACGUGCAUCUCUUUAAGGAUAAUGCUAAAGUUUUGGACUGGAAUGUUAGGUACCAAAUAGCUAUCGGAGUUGCUAGAGGCCUUGCUUACUUGCACAGUAGUUGUCGAGAUUGCAUUAUUCACUGUGAUAUCAAGCCAGAGAAUAUACUUCUUGAUGCAUCUUUUGUUCCUAAAAUUGCAGAUUUUGGGAUGGCAAAGGUUUUGGGAAGAGAAUUUAGCCAUGCUCUAACUACAGUGAGAGGAACUAUUGGAUAUCUUGCCCCUGAAUGGAUUAGUGGAACUGUUGUUACGUCUAAAGUCGAUGUUUAUAGCUACGGGAUGGUUUUAUUUGAAAUCAUAUCAGGAAGAAGGAACUCGAGCGAAGUACAUUUUGAAGACGGUGGUUAUUCGGCCUAUUUUCCUAUGCAAGUUGCCCGCCAGCUUAUCGAUGGAGCGAUCAGAAAUUUGGUGGAUGCAAAGUUGCAUGGUGAUGUGAACCUUGAGGAGGUUGAAAGAAUUUGCAAAAUUGCAUGCUGGUGCAUUCAAGAUAGUGAAGUUGAUCGACCGACAAUGUGUGAGGUGGUGCAAUUCUUCGAGGGUAUACUAGAGCUGAAAAUACCGCCAUUGCCAAGAUUGUUGAAUAAUAUCACAGGAGGCUCACAUCCAACAUCGCUGCUAUCCAUAGAUUUACAGUAG